CUUCAAAAGAUGUCUUCCUCAUUUCCUUACUUUCCUUUAUUCUUCUCUUUAAUACCCCUUUUAAUUCCCUCAUUUUAUCCCCCUGUCGAAAGUGCCUUCCCCUCUUCCUCUUCUUCAGAAUCUUCAAUUUUAGAUAAUGCUGUGAUAGGCGAUCCUUUAGUUGAUUGUCUCGAGGAACGUGUAAAAUUAACAUUUCAAACGCAAAAACCUUUUACUGGAAGAAUUUUUGUUAAAGGAAUGGUGGAUAAUGAAAAGUGUGUGGAAAAUUAUAGGCAGAAUAGUCAAACAAAGGUCGAAUUUGAAUUGGCCAAUGGAGCUUGCAAUAUGAGGCGAUCAAGAAAAGUCAAUAACAAUACUUUAAAAAUAUUUUCUAUUCUAGUAUUUGUUUAA